CAACAGGGAUUGAGCCAAUUACGAAAGCGGUUUUGGGUGCCAGAAAAUUUUGGCUCGGCAACGAGAAUAUUCACGUACUGACGAUCAACGAAGAUCACUCGUUACGCGUGGAGCUCAAAGACUUCGAAGGAAUCAAGGGCUUUUGGUGAGAUAUGGACGCUGGACGAUACGUCGUGAUAGAAUUCCAUGACGGCGUCACUCUUGCUCCCGAAAAAUGGUUAACUCCUAGAAAAAAUCAUUGUUAUUGGCCUCCCUACAAAAGCAACUCGAGGACGACAAAAGCAGUCGAAAAUCAAGAGAAUGUUGCUGAAAAUUGGACCCUGCACGAUAUUAAGCAAAUAUUAACAUCGACAAAAACUUAUAAGCGUGGACAAGCGAAGUGUGUGGAAGCGUUACAAAUGUCCGAUAUCAAUACCGAUACAGAUGUCGAAAAGAUUACAACACAAAAAGGACAAAAACCACAAUCGUCUAUUAACAUCUCGCCUUUUCCUUCAUUCCCCUCCGAUGAACAAAUACAACCCACGGACCAUGAUAGCAAUACUAAUGCUAAUGCUCAUGACGAUAUUAACGAAGUAUCGGAAAAUAUGAUGGGACCAAGACGUACGGAUGCCGUGACAAAUAGCACCAAAAGAAAACGAGCUCGUGAUGAAAAUUUAUUUGAUGAGCCAAUUCGAGAAAAAAGACCUUUGAAUUCGAUACCUAACAGUAGCUAUCGCAAUGAUAACAGCAACCAAACAAUUAUGCGAGCAUUGGCUAAUAUGGAUUUAAGAAUAGAAACUAUACUAGCGGAAGUUCGUGAUAUCGCACGCACGUUGUCAGCGAAUACAGCUGAUAAAGAAAUCGAAAAGACGGAAAGCCCGCUUCUAAAAGAUUAUCCUGUGGCAACUGAAGCUUUACUAACCAAAGCAGAGCAUCGUUUAUCGACUGAUCCAGAUUAUCUCAAUAAUUUAAUCAAAGACUUGGCUAUUUUUGUACAAGCUGACGUCAAAAGUACCGUCUCAAAACUGAUGCAGGAAAUUAUGUCCAACUCUGUUGCUGCCAAUUUCAGUUUCCAUGGAGCACAUAAGAAAAAAGCUUUCGCAAAGUUGAAAUUAUACAACGUUUUAUCGAGAGUCGUCCGAUUCCGGUUCAAAAACCCGGUUGUAACUAAUAAAGACAUUAAUGACCCCAUUAAGUCAUGGCUUCGCCAUGCUCCCGCCCGCUUGGCACGAGAACACAAAAAAGAUGCAGCUUCAAACAACGACGGAGGUCCCCUAGAAAUUGACGAUGCUGAAGCAGAAACCAAUGACAAUACUGAUUGAUAACCGAUGUGGUCAACGCAAAAGAAAUUUUUAAGAUGUUUUGUUUUCAUUCACAACAAACAAAUUCAUGUCUCUGACAUUUUUUUUAAUAACAAAGUGAUAUUCUAAAAUAGAACCAAUUUUAUGCCAAUUGUUAAUGUUCAAACGUAAUUCAAUACAACGUAAAUCGAAAAUAUA